UGCAUAUGCAGUACCACACUCUUUGUUCCUUCUCUAUAUAUUAAGCAACGGGAUAUCAAAAAACUCUACAACAAUCUUGUGGAAACUAUUUCAAGUAAUACAGCAAAAGAGAAUUGCAAACAUGGUGGUUGCAGGGCCAGGUGGUGGCGGCAUGCCUAACAUGAAGAGCUUUGGGGUCCAGAUCCUUACAGGGCCAUGGCUAAUGGUUUUCGGUUCAUUGUUGAUCAUGUCUGCCGCUGGUGCAACCUACAUGUUUAGCCUGUAUUCCAAUGAGAUUAAAAAAUCACUAGGCUAUGAUCAAACCACACUCAAUUUGCUCAGUUUCUUCAAGGAUUUGGGCACCAAUGUUGGAGUCCUUUCAGGCCUGAUAGCAGAGGUCACACCGCCUUGGUUCGUGUUGUCUGUUGGGGCAGUCCUCAACUUUUUUGGCUACUUCAUGAUUUGGAUGGCCGUGUCCAAAAGAAUCGCUAGGCCUCAAAUUUGGCACAUGUGUUUGUACAUAUGUAUCGGUGCCAAUUCUCAAUCUUUUGCAAACACUGGAUCUCUUGUUACCUGUGUCAAGAAUUUCCCUGAAAGCCGCGGGGUUGUGCUGGGAAUCCUGAAAGGUUAUGUUGGCCUAAGCGGGGCAAUCAUAACUCAAUUGUACCAUGCUUUUUAUGGAGAUGAUUCUAAGUCCUUGAUCUUGCUUAUCGGUUGGCUUCCAGCCGUUAUCUCGCUUUGUUUUGUAAGAACAAUUCGGAUCAUGAAGGUGGCUCACCAGGCUAAUGAGGUCAAAGUUUUCUACAAAUUUCUCUACAUCUCUCUUGGUCUUGCUUCUUUCCUGAUGAUUAUUAUCAUUGUAGAGAAAAAGUUUAUGUUCACACGGCCUGAAUACGGUGGCAGUGCUGCCAUGGUUCUUUUCUUGCUCUUUUUGCCACUUGGUGUUGUGAUUAUGGAGGAAUACAAGCUUUGGGAGGCCAAGAACAGGGCCUUAAAUGAUCCUUCUCCAUUGAAAAUUGUCACUGAGAAGCGAAGCUCCGAGGUGUCCUUGGAGAACUCUGAGGCUCACUCAUCAUCAAGCACAGCAAAGAUUUUAGCCAAUAACGAAUCAAGCCAUGAUCAAGCCAAUGUUUCCUGCUGGAAAACAGCAUUCAAUCCACCAAACAGAGGCGACGACUACACAAUUUUGCAGGCUCUUUUCAGCCUUGACAUGUUAAUUCUUUUCCUAGCCACAACUUGUGGGGUCGGGGGUACCUUAACUGCAAUUGACAAUCUGGGACAGAUUGGAACCUCCCUGGGGUACCCAAAACGAAGCAUAAGCACAUUCGUGUCCCUUGUGAGUAUCUGGAAUUACCUUGGCAGAGUUACAGCAGGUUUCGUAUCAGAAAUUUUCUUGGCCAAGUACAAGUUUCCUAGACCCCUAAUGCUCACCUUGAUCAUGCUUUUCUCAUGCGUUGGUCACCUUUUGAUAGCCUUCGGUGUCCCUGGAGGCCUUUAUAUUGCAUCAGUAAUCAUUGGGUUCUGCUUUGGGGCUCAAUGGCCAUUACUUUUUGCAAUAAUAUCUGAAAUUUUUGGCCUCAAAUACUAUUCUACAUUGUAUAAUUUUGGGGCAGUGGCCAGCCCUAUUGGGUCGUAUAUACUUAAUGUGAAAGUGGCUGGGAAUUUGUAUGACAGAGAGGCUAAGAAGCAAAUGGCAGCGUUGGGACUUAAAAGGAACGCUGGUGAGGAUCUGGAUUGCAAUGGGGUUGAGUGCUUCAAAUUGUCCUUCAUUAUAAUCGCAGCAGCCACAUUAUUUGGCACUGUUGUUGCAUUUCUUUUGGCACUUAGGACAAGAAAGUUUUAUAAGAGUGACAUUUACAAAAAAUUCCGAGAGGAGGCCAAAGCAACCGAGAUGCAGAUGGCGGCUGCCGGAGAUGGAAUUGUGUUGCCGGACGUAAAGGCCACCGCAAAUGGGGUUAGUCAUCCGGAGGGAAAGGCUACCGGAAACGGCAUUGGACCGGAGGCCAAGGCAGGGUAGAUAUAUAUAUAUAUAUAUAUUUUACUGUUGUGAACCUCUGACAAGUGGGAUAGAUAUAGGUAUAGAAAAAAAUGGGAGACAGUCUCAUUGAAUUAUAAUGCGCAUUUGAUAUGAUGGGAUUUUCUUUGUAUUUUUCUUUUCUUUUUUUUUCUAUAAUUUGUAUUGACGUUUGUGUUCAACAACAAAGGAGAAACAAAAUUAAUCCAUGGGUUGUGUUAUAAAAUUUACAGGGUUUUUGAAUAAGAUAAAGGAAGUCGGCAACUGUGAUCUUGA